AUGGAAGUUUGCAUGCAGUCCAAUCCCAACGAGAACGAUUCCGGAUCCUCAGCUUCUGCAGCAGCUCCCAACGGAAUCCCUCCCUGGCUCGUGCCAUUCUUGGUGCCGGCUGCGGGAGGAGCGCUCUUUGGGUACGACAUCGGAGCAUCCAGUGCGGUCGUGCGGAUUCUCGGCGAGAAACAAACUCUCUUCGGGACUCUGGAUCCAGUUCAGCUCGGCCUGGUCGCAAGUGGAAGUUUGUUCGGAGCAGUUGCGGCUUCCGGGGCUCUUAUCUUUAUCGGGGAUAGAUACUUCGGUAGAAAGCAGGAGCUAAUAGCUUCUGGUUUUCUCUACACGUUGGGAACGGCCCUGCAGGCGGCUUCUUCGAGCUUCGGCAUGCUCAUCGGUAGUCGAAUCCUCUACGGGUUGGGGAUCGGAACAGCCAUGCAUGCAGCCCCUCUUUACAUUGCUGAGACGGCACCGUCGGAGCUGCGUGGCAAGCUCGUAUCUCUCAAGGAGGCAGCCAUCGUGUUGGGCAUCGUUGCUGGCUACGCCACAGGAGCAGCUUUUGGAGAUGACGGGGCUUGGAGGAACGUCUUGGCUGCAGCUCUACCAAUCGAAGCUGCGAUGAUUCUAGGUUUUCCAUCUCCAAGUAUCUCAUGCGUUCCUGAGGAACUCAAGAAGCGGAGGAAGCAGUCCAAGCUCUUGGUCUCCGACUCAACCAACCGCAAGGCCUUAACCAUUGGUGUGGGACUCGUUCUAUUUCAGCAGCUCUCGGGACAGCCUUCAGUCCUCUACUACGCCAACAGGAUCUUUGAAAGGGCCGGGCUGGGGUUCGAAGCAGCGGCAAUCAUGACCCUCUUAUCCGUGAACCUUGUUGAAGACCCGAAGUGGGGUCGGAGGCCUUUGCUGCUGCUGGGCACCUCUGGCAUGGCCGUUUCUCUGCUGGUGCUGGCGGCUCUAUUUUCAGGAGGAGCGGACUCAAUCAAUCAAUCUGCGGUGAUCGCCUCCAUCGUUGCAUACGUCGGCUGUUACCAGAUUGGCUUUGGGCCCAUCACCUGGCUAAUUCUCUCGGAAGUGUUUCCCCUCAAGAUCCGAGCUGCUGCCGUGUCCGUUGGCACCCUUGCAAACUUUGGCUCCAACGUCCUGGUCACUCUCGCUUUUGAAAGUGAACGACAGAGUCUCGGAGAGACAUUGCUGUUCCUUCAGUUCGCUGCGAUCGCAGUCGCUGCCGUUGCUUUUGAAUUUAAGAUGGUCCCUGAAACUAGGUGGGGCUUGACUCUCGAGCAGAUCGAGGAGAAGAUCCGAGGUGAUUGA